ACCCUGUCCUUCCCAGGCAGGCCCAGGACCCAGCUCCAACAUGUGGCGGCUCUUCCUGCCCCUCUGCUGCCUGCUGGCUCUGACCAGUGCCCGAAACAGGCCUUAUUUCCACCCCUUGUCGGACGACCUGGUCAACUACAUCAACAAACAGAACACUACAUGGCAGGCUGGACACAACUUCCGCAACGCGGACAUGAGCUACGUGAGGAAACUGUGUGGCACCUUCCUUGGCGGGCCCAAGCUGCCCCAUAGAAUUAAGUUUGCCGAGGACAUGAAUCUGCCUGAAAGCUUUGAUGCACGGGAACAGUGGUCCAGCUGUCCGACCAUCAAAGAGAUCCGAGACCAGGGUUCCUGCGGCUCUUGCUGGGCAUUUGGGGCUGUGGAGUCCAUUUCUGACCGGAUCUGCAUCCACACCAACGGGCACGUCAACGUGGAGGUGUCUGCGGAGGACAUGCUCACCUGCUGUGGAGGCCAGUGUGGGGAAGGUUGCAAUGGCGGCUAUCCCUCCGCAGCCUGGAACUUCUGGACGAAGAAAGGCCUGGUUUCUGGUGGCCUCUAUGACUCCCAUGUAGGAUGCAGACCCUACUCCAUUCCACCCUGCGAGCACCACGUCAACGGCUCCCGACCCCCCUGCACGGGGGAGGGGGACACUCCUAAAUGCAGCAAGAGCUGCGAGCCCGGCUACUCCUCAUCCUACAAGGAGGAUAAGCACUACGGAUACAGUUCCUACAGUGUGCCCGGCAUCGAGAAGGAGAUCAUGGCGGAGAUCUACAAGAACGGCCCCGUGGAGGGAGCCUUCUCUGUGUAUUCGGACUUCCUGCUGUACAAGUCAGGAGUGUACCAACAUGUUACUGGAGAGAUGAUGGGAGGCCAUGCUAUCCGCAUCCUGGGCUGGGGGACAGAGAAUGGCACCCCCUACUGGCUGGUGGCCAACUCCUGGAACACUGACUGGGGUGACAAUGGCUUCUUUAAAAUCCUCAGAGGGCAAGAUCACUGCGGAAUUGAAUCAGAAAUUGUGGCUGGCAUUCCACGCACAGAUCAGUACUGGGCAAAGAUCUAAGCUGCUAUGGGCCUGUCUGGCCCAUGCUGGGGCUUUUUCUCUAAAUAGAGCCCGUUGGGCUGGGGAUGAGAUGGGGGUAGGAAGGUCUUCUAUUCUUUGAAUUCACAUAAGAGAUGAGGUUUUAGGCAGGGCCUGAAGGGCCGGGUUGGGCCAGAGCUGGCAUCUGCCAUCACAGCUGUGUUCCAAGGAGACACCGCGUCCUGGCUACCUCCAGCCUGAGCAGUGGACCAGCAGUCACAGGAGGACAGGCCUUGGUCACCACUGCUGCAGGCACAGUGAGUCCCCCCACCCCCAGGCUACUGCUGUCUGUAGUG